UAUCAUUUCAUUAAUAAACAAUCGAUAUCAAACAUUACUCUUGUUUUACUCUCUUUUUAUCUUAUCGUUAUAUUUCUGUAAUAAUAAAAUCAACAGUGCGUAACAUAUAACAUCGAACGGGUUUAUUAGUAUUUCUACAAGCAAAAAAGCCGUAGAUACUUUAAAGCUGGGAAACACCAAAGACAACGAUUACUUAAAAACUUCCAGACAAAGAUGUCAUUUUUGCUGGUGUAUCUACUGGGGGUGGUGUCUGUGACAGUGGCGACACCUAGUGGAACAGCAAGUAAACUAAGUGAAAAAUGUGGAGGUGAAUACAACGGGGCCGAUGAUUCGUUGAGGGAGGUUGCUGAUGGGAUAAAGGAUGAGGUAUUAUCCAAAGUGACUAGAGAUAGCAGCAUGUAUAAUCCAAAGGCCAGUACAUCGUUUGGAGACAAUUUGUGUAUAAAGGUGAAAAUCUAUGGUGGAAGUCAGGAUGACGAAGUUGGGAGGUAUGCUCAUGUUCAUUUGGAUCCAGAUGGCGCUGUACUUUUAGUAGAGGAUGGCAAACACAGAAUGGACUGUUGCGAAGCUCCUGUAUUGGAAUUACCGGACAGUAACCUUGGCGAUGAUCCGGAAGCGGAUGCUAGACGCGCCAGACUGUUGAAAAUCAUGAACGAGAAGUGUCCAGAGUUCCCGCCUGUAGAAUACAAGUUGGUACAACAAGAUGAAGAAAUCAAAGAUAAAGCAUUAUCUGCACGAGCAGGGUUCGAAGCAGAGUAUGGUAAACAGUUAAAAUGGGACGCCAACACGUACAUAAAAGUUGGAGAAGAAUAUAUCAUGAAAAUACGGGUCCUGACUAUGGAAGACAAACCAGCGUUCAUCCAUAUCCGUGUUGACGCCCAGGGCAAUUUCCUCAGCCGAGAUGAGGGCCUCUAUGGUAGAAAAGAUUGUCUUAAAGUUCCACCUCAACAAGAUGUUCCUAUAUUUGGCGAUGACGUAGAGGGAGCUUUUUCAAGACAGAUGACAGAACGAUGUGGUGUGCAAUAUUGGAAAGUGAAUGGUUCAUUCUUUGAUGACAUCAAAAAUUUGAAAGAUGUAAUAGUAACUGAUCUUGCCCUUGAUCCUCCAUAUACCAAAUUCCAGCCAAGGGUUUACUGCAGAAGUGGUGACGAUAUCUACGUCAAGAUCCGAUAUUACGGAUUCGCGAUACCAGGUGGUCGUUACGCUCACGCUCACUUAGAUGUUAGCGGUGAAUACGUUGAUGUUGAGGGUGGCUUGAAGAGGAAGACUUGUGUAGAGCAAUGUGCAUAGACAUUUUGAAGAUCUCAAAUACGACCGCUCAAUCCUUUGUGGUUAAUAUCAAAUUGCAUUGGGACUUUUGAAAAGCUAAAUCUUAUAUUCGAGAAAAUUGAUAUUCGUAAAAUUAGGGGAUUCAGAUGUCAAAAGCAAUAUUAAAAGGUUAUAAUCUGUAAUAGAAAUUCAUCAAAAAUGUCAUUUGACUCUAUUAAUUUACAUAGUGUAGAAUGAUACAUAUUGUAAGCUUUCAACUCAUCUAUUAGAAAGCUUGAACAUAACGCUUUAGUAAAUUUAAAUUCAAAAUUGUAAUUGUAUAUUGGAACAUUAUAUUUUUGUUUCUUAGAAUGUAC